CAAAGCUCAAUCUUUGUGACCGCUCACAUCAGCGUUCCUGUGUCUGAUUGAAUCGUAUUUUAUCUUCACUUGGUGAAUGACGGGGAAUCGUGUCUCAUUUGAGGCGCCGAAAACCUGAUCAGCCGUGGCUUAUUUGUAGCAACUAGGAAACUGCCACUGGCCAUGGGCACCUGAACUCGUUUCGUUUCGUCUUCUGUCUCAUCCCAUGACCUAUGCACCGAAACACUGAUGAGAUCCCGCCUUGAUCCCACUACUCUCACACAUUACUCCUCGACUCUCAACCUCCAUGUCGCCUCAGGUACAAUAUUAUAAGCACGGCCGACUGCGUGUCUCUGGCGGGGUCCUGCCUGAGGCUUUCACUGCGUAUCGCACCUACGGCGAUCCACAGAACCCCUGCAUCGUCUUCCCGACAUGCUAUGGCGGCAAACUGAAUAGCCAGGAGUAUCUGAUUGGGGAUGACAAGGUACUCGAUCCGAGGAAAUACUUCGUCGUGACGUUUGCCUUAUUCUCUAAUGGAGAGUCGUCCUCACCUUCGAACACGCCAGCACCUUACAAUGGUCCAUACUUCCCUGCUGUCUCCUAUGAAGAUAACAUACGUGCUCAAUAUACCGUCUUAACAAAUGCAUUGGGCGUCAAAGAAAUCUUUUGUGUUAUUGGAUUUUCCAUGGGAGGGCAACAGGCCUACCAUUGGGCAGUCAUAUAUCCCGAAUUCGUGAAGAGGUUCAUCUGUCUUUGCGGAUCAGCGCGUACUAGUAACCACAAUGCUUGUUUCCUUGAGGGGCCCAAGGCUGCCUUAGUAGCGUCCAAGGAUUUCGACAAUGGGCAUUACAAAUCCCCUCCCGACCACGGGAUCCGUGCCUUCGGCAGAGUCUAUAGCGCAUGGGCAUACGGACAGACUUGGUACCGUCAAGACCAGCACCUGUACGAUGGAAAAUAUCCCGAUCUCAAUGCAUUCAUCCGCGAGAACUGGGAGCACAGCUUCCUGGCCGCUUGGGAUGCCAACGACAUGCUGACGCUACUAAAUACCUGGCGGACGGGAGAUGUCUCUAUCAUCCGGGACAACGGAAAUCUGAAGCAAUGCCUCGGAAAUAUCAAAGCGAAAGGACUAGUGAUGCCUUGCAAGACUGAUCUCUACUUCCCGGUGAGAUUGGAUUUAUGAAAGUUCGAAGUCUUCCAACGCGGAUAUCUAGCCCGAGGAUAACGAAUUGGAAGUUGAGUUUAUGAAUGGACGAGCGCGUCUUGUCAUCCUAGAUUCCGUCUGGGGCCACAUGGCCGGAGGUGGGUCAAACACAAAGGACACUGAUCUUAUUCAGAAAGAGGUGAAGGCAUUCCUGCAGGAAUGAUUGAUAUGCCUGUUUGGCCUGAUGAAUGAUUUGACUGCAUUCGAGUUCUCGCAUAUGUAGUAUAAUUCGUUGAACAAAUUUCUGAGUACCUUUCCGCGC